CCAGGCUGGCGUUGUUGUAACGCUUGAAAUUUCGCCUCCUCUUGAUUGAACUCGUCUGGAUAACAUCUUCGUGGCCUACUUCUCUUCUUCAUAGCAGUCCUGCAAUUCAACAAGGACCACGCCGUAGCCGCAGCUGCAUCCCUACGCCCGACUUCUACCAAGUCUAGCCUUAUCGAUAUGCCCACACCACUUGACCGCGCCACCAACCAGCGGGCGCCCUUCUUCGCUUUUGCAGCAAUAAUCACCGGCGUCGCUGCCUGGACUAUAUGGGGUCAGGACCUCUUCCCAAGUUCGGAUCCUACUGGUGACCCUGAGACAUGGACCCACGAAGAAUGUACCCGUUGGCUAAAGAAACGAAACCUCCAUCCCUCACCCCUAGCGACAACAGCGGAGCUCGUGGAGCGAAUCAAGGCGAAUAUGCGGAGUCCGAGAUCGUAACAUCUCAGGGCCAGUUUGUAAUUGCGGUGUCAGUGAGAAGAUGGCGCUGGAAUGACUGCUUAAGAAAUCAACUGUGGAGUGUACGAGAUUGGUAUCCCCUUCAAAUAGAUUCUCUUUUAUCUAUUGUUUGACUUCACAUAUUCUUAGGUGUGCACUGUGCGUAUCGUUUCAAACGCGAACUUGCGUUUGAUUCGAAGUGGAG